AUGAAUUCGCCACCAAAACGCAGAAAAAGCAGUAAUGCUUUGGGUGUUAACGCAGGCGCGUCACAAUCUAAUGCAUCACUUGCGACAAAACCUUCGCGCCGGCCAUCUUUCCAGUCACCAACGAGGUCCAGUCUCGCCAAAUCACACCCCGACGUUUUCGAGCGCGCACUCAGCAGGUCUCCAAGUCGGCGACCGGAAAGUGGAGGAAGCCAAAUAGAAAAUCCAGAGUCAAAUGCGGUCGGGCUUCGGGGCCGCAAGGCCCUUCGACCCUCAUUAAGCGCGACCUCUAGUCCUCUGAAAGCGCCGCAAAUGUCUGGCAAUGCGCCUCUUCUGUCGCCUAGCAGACGUCCUAGCGGUGUUCAAUCAUUCACAAAACCACCUCGAAGAUUAUCGAGAAAGAUUGUGCCCAGCGACUUUUUCUUUGGGUCACCUACCAGGAAGCAAACCCAGCCAACGGAGCAGGAACUUUCCAACACCCCAGAAGGCCAAUUAGCCCAGGAGCUAGGAAGCGCAACACGUGAAACGGCUACGGAGGAUCUUGUCGAUGCCGACCUGGAUGCUGGAUUCAUGGAUGACAAUUCUUUAGAACCAGAACUUCCCCCAACCCCCACACAACUGGGUUUAGAAAGAGCACCAGACCGUCCAAGAGCGCUAUUAAGCAGUAGCCCCAGUUCGAGACAUGAAAAAAGAAUGAAACGAAAAGCAACCGAUAUACUUCAAGGAAGUCCCUUGAAAGGAUUGAGGUUCCAACCUCGUGAUCCUGAAGAAGCAUCAGGUUCGGAUACCAGCUCAUUCGAUGGUAAAUUAUCUGCAGCUGCUCUAGAGAAGCGCCAACUACGCAAGAGCCUCACAGCAGAGUUGCAACGCUUGAAAGGUGAUAUUGCAGAAUUGACGGAAUGGACCGAGAAAAUGGAGUCCGGUUCGAAUCUCGAAGACUCGAGGGGACUCGACCAUUUCCUAAGCCUGCUCUCUGAGGAAUCAUCAUAUAUCAACCGCCCUGUUCCACGACGAGACCCGGUGCCGCUAUCAUCACUUCUUUCAACUCUGCUCCCAUUUUCUAAUAACAUGUCCCGUUCCGCCCCUCCAUCAUUACCUUUACCUACGAACCCAUUCGCCUUAAAAGAGUCAUCGCAGUCACCAUCAUAUCUCACGGUGUUUGCUCCAUUGGCUCUUCGCACAACUACCAGCCGUACCACUGUCUCAAAGACGAGUACCGUUCUUGAGACACAUACAUUGACAUUCACACCUCCGCCUCCCUUUCCAUCUUCGUUAUACAAUGUUUCCGUUGUCUAUGAGACAGAUCCAGAGACACAAUCUAUCAAGGCCGUGUCCGUGCCCACGGGUAGUGACAGCAAAAAACGAAGAGUGCCCUCAGUCCUCCGUCGAUGGAUUGAUGCCCGCCUCGCUAAUCCCCUCUUAAAGCUCGACGUGGCAACAUUAUGUUGGGGAAUCAACCGGUACUGGGAAGCCUCAGUGACUCGCGCUCGUCUAUGGACACGCAUCGAUCAGAAGCACGGCAGCGAUGGCAGGAAAAGCAAACUCCCCGAGUCUCAGACUGGAGUAAUUACGCUUUCAGAGCUUCGGCGCUUGGUCCCACACCUGGAGCGCAGCUCGAUGGUUAUCAGAUCUAAGUCUCCGGGAGGCGAUCCUCGAGUCCUCCUCUCCAAUACCCUGACUAUCGAUGACUGGACUGGAGAGCCACAGCUUCGGCCGGAGCUUAGUGUCUCCGCGUAUGGCUCUAGUGAUGGACCAGGAAAGAAGAUCGAUCAAGAAGCAAAGAAGCUUUUUCACGCUCUCUUGAAAGAUGAUAUUCUUGCUUCUAGGCAGAGCGUGGAGGGCGUUCACUUCGAUGCGGUCAUCCGAGCCACAGAAGGCGUUCUAAGUGCUUUGUUCGAUCGUGUUUGA